AUGAUUGAACGCACAGUUAAAAUCGACUCUAACACUCAAACUAGUCAACGUGGAAAGUUUGCAAGAGUGGCGGUCGAUAUGAAUCUUGAAGCUCUGGUGAAGGCAUUUAUUCGAGUGGAGGAUAUUGAUCAAAAGACAUGUUAUGAAGAGGUGAAUACAAGUGAUCACAUGGGCAAUGGUGUAUUUCAAAAAAUGGCAGAUUACUUGAUUCCAACAAUAAGGGCCAUGGCUGCCUGCGCCUGUGAACCCAAAGAGAAGAACAAGAAAGGAAACAGAUAA